AUGGCUGCUACAUCACAAACCUCUCACCCACAUCCUGAUGAGAUCUCCCACAUGAGACGGCAAUCCUACACCGCACCUGUGGGCUCACCAGCACUCUCACCGUCCUCUACAAACUCAGGCGGUUCUUCUGGCACAGACGGUGGACGGGAAGGCUACUUCCACGCGCCUGUCCCUCAGCGACCACAUAUGGUUCAGCGUCUAAGGAGCUUCACGCAGCUACAUCGAUCAAGAUCCCAGGAACGACAGGAUUCGCGAGAUUCGAGAGAAUCGCACGAAUCGCACGAGCAUGCACAUGACGAUGAGCAUCACCGUCGGAGAUCAUCGCGUCGGUCCCGCUCACGAAGUCGAUCCCCAGUGACAGAGUCUUCGCUACGAGCUCGCGAUAGGAGGUAUCCUGAGGAAGAAGGAUAUGCCCAUGAUGAGCAUGCCCAUGUACUGCCGCAUAUCUCUGCCGCAAACUUUAAUGUUCGCUCGCAUAAUAGGAAGCGUCCAAAGAUGGCCGAGCGCCCAAGGAGCCAAGGCACCUAUACGGAUUGCGGGAGACAUGCGAACGAUUGGCUCUUUGGAGGCUUCAGCGUGACUGGCACGGUCAGACAUUGGUUGAAGGACGAGGGGAAGCAUUGA